UCCCAGAGCCAGGAGAGAACCCAGAAGUCCUGGCUCCUGUCAUCUUGUUUUGAGGGGGGCCAGUUUGGGCAUCUCUGGACCCCCAUGUGAAGCAGACGUUAAAGGGCGGGUUCCCCAUCCUGUGUUGGCUAACAGCUCGCCCCUCCCCCCUGCAGGGUUUGCCUUCCCCGACUGGGCCUACAAGCCCGAGUCGAGCCCCGGCUCACGGCAGAUCCAGCUGUGGCACUUCAUCCUGGAGCUGCUGCGCAAGGAGGAAUACCACGAUGUGAUCGCCUGGCAGGGCGACUACGGCGAGUUCGUCAUCAAGGACCCCGACGAGGUGGCGCGGCUGUGGGGCGUCCGCAAGUGCAAGCCCCAGAUGAACUACGACAAGCUGAGCCGGGCGCUGAGAUACUACUACAACAAGCGGAUCCUGCACAAAACCAAAGGGAAACGAUUCACCUACAAGUUCAACUUCAACAAGUUGGUGCUGGUGAACUACCCCUUCAUCGACAUGGGCCUGGCAGGUGGCCCCGUGCCCCAGAGUGCCCCGCCAGUGCCCUCGGGUGGCUCCCACUUCCGCUUCCCACCCUCCACGCCGGAUGUGCUCUCGCCCGGGGCAGAGGAGCUGCGCUCGCCAGGCGUCUUCUCGGCCGUGGCGCGGCGCCUCGCCCGCGGCUCGGUCAGCGACUGCAGCGACGCCACCUCAGCCACCUCGGAGCUGGAGGAGCCGCUGGGCGAGGAAGGGCGCCGGGGCGGGGGGCCAGGUGAAGGGGGUGGCUUCCGUGGGCCCCCCCUGCCUGCCCACCCUCGGCUGGCCCACGACAGCCUCUUCCGUGCCUACCCCCGGCCCCGCGGGCCCGAGCCCCUCAGCCCCUUCCCGGUGUCCCCCAUGGCCGGCCCUGGAGCCCUGCUGCCCCCCCAGCUGUCGCCCGCCCUGCCCCUCACCCCCACCCACAUGAACUACACCCCCUCGCCCACCCUGAGCCCCAUGUACCCUGGCGGCUCCCACUUCUCCUUCAACCCCGAGGACAUGAAGCGCUACCUGCAGGCACACACCCAGAGCGUCUACAAUUACCACCUCAGCCCCCGGGCUUUCCUCCACUACCCCCACAUCCUCGUGCCCCAGCCCCAGCGCCCUGAGAAGCCGCCCCCGCCCGAGGAGCCCCCUGCCCCCUUCAAAUUCAAGCUGCAACCUCCCCCACUGGGCCGGCGGAACCGGGACAAGGCACCGGCGCCCCCCGGUGAAGGGGCCACCCCGGAGCCCCGGCUGCCCUGCAUCAAGGUGGAGCCCAUCUCAGAGGGGGAGUCGGAGGAGGAGGAGGUGACGGUGGAGGUGACAGAUGUCAGUGAGGAAGAUGAGGAGGUGUUCAAGGCUCCCCCUGCCCUGUCCGAGAAGCCUGGGGAGCCCCCAGUGCCCCUGGCCCCCCGGCAGUGCGAGGAGAGCGGCCUGUGCAUCCCCCUCAAGCUGCGCUUCAAGCGGCGCUGGAGUGAGGACCAGCGGCUGGAGGCGGGUGGGGGGGGCGGCCUCCAAGAGGCGGAUGACAAGAAGGUGAAGGGGGAGCGGGAGGGUGGGGACCCCCCAGCUGGAGGUGGGCGGCGCGUCAGCACCGACCUGCCCCACGCCACAGCCCAGCUCUCGCUAGAGAACAAGGACUUGUAGAGCUGGUGCUGGUGCCCCCAGGGGGGGCUGGGGGGCCGUCUUCUGCCUUAACUCAGAGAUUUUAACCCUUCCCUGAGCCGCCACCUCUCCGGGAUCCUGUACGUUGAAAUGGGGUGGGGGGCGCUCACCUGUUUUUACUUCAGUAUACAUAUACAUACAUAUAUAUAUUUUUGGGGGGAUGAUUUUAAAUCUGGGGGCAGCUUUCCUUUCAGGGUCUCUGGUUUUUAAAGAGGAGGUGACCCUGGGAAUUUAUAUCAUGUAGAAUUUUUUUAACCUUUUCCCACCCCUGAAUCCUCUCGUUUAUAUCCAGUUGCUGCCUUGUUGGGGGAGGGGGGGUGUUUUCAUCUUAAGGGGGGGAUGUUGAGGGAUCUCAAUGUCCCUCUCCCCUCGUGUGGGGGGAAACAGGCUUUAAAGCACAAUGAACUCUCUUUAAUCCCUG